AAAUACAUAAUUGGACAAUCCACUAAAUGUCAAUCUCGAGAAUUAGAAUUGUGCUUUGACAGUUAAGUUUUAACUAUAUAUAGAGAGCAUCACAAAUUGCGUGAGUUUUAGGUUUAUAUUUUGACUGAUACAUAACUAAACGAAAAUAUUAAAUUAAGUACUAAAAUAAUAAAUCAGUUAAAUAAUAUUAGAUUCACGUAUAAGUCAUGUCUAAAAGGGAAUAAAACAAAAUAAUUUACAUUUCUUUUCAGAUCUUGAGGUCCACAGUUCCACCUUCGUACUAACACCCAAGUGGUUCUUUAGAGAGAGAGGGCGUGAGAGAGAGAUUUAUAAGCUCUUUGGGCAUUACAAUAUUUUUUUUGUGAACAUAGAAACACUCAAAACUUCAAACCAAAAAAAAAAUAUGGGAGAGGAAGAGAAGAAACCAGAAGCAGCAGAGGAAAAGAAAAUGGAAGAGAAGAAACCAGAAGAAGAGAAAAAAGAAGGAGAAGAAAAGAAAGUGGAGGCUGAGAAAAAAGGAGAAGAUUCUGACAAGAAACCUCAAGAAUCUAACAAAGAUUCCAAAGAAGAUUCUGCUCCCGCGCCGCCGGAGGCUCCAGCACCGCCUCCUCCGCCGCAAGAGAUUGUUCUUAAGGUUUACAUGCACUGUGAAGGAUGUGCUAGAAAAGUCCGCCGUUGUCUCAAAGGCUUCGAAGGAGUGGAAGAUGUGAUGACUGAUUGUAAAACGGGGAAAGUGGUGGUGAAAGGUGAGAAAGCUGAUCCAUUGAAAGUAUUAGCUAGAGUUCAGAGGAAGACCCACCGUCAAGUUCAGCUUCUGUCUCCGAUUCCUCCGCCACCUCCGCCGCCGGAAAAGAAAGCAGAGGAGGAGAAACCCAUUGUGGAAGAGAAGAAAGUGAAGCCUCCGGUGGUCGUGACGGUGGUUCUUAAGGUUCACAUGCACUGUGAAGCUUGUGCGACAGAGAUCAAGAAACGGAUCAUGAGAAUGAAAGGAGUGGAAUCUGCUGAAUCCGACUUAAAGGGUUCUCAAGUAACGGUGAAAGGAGUGUUUGAACCACAAAAGCUUGUAGAGUACGUUUAUAAGCGAACCGGAAAACACGCUGCGAUCAUGAAAAUCGACCCACCGCCCCCACCACCACCUGAGGAGUCGGCAGCAGAAGGAGAGAAGAAGGAAGAAGGAAAGGGAGAAAACGGUGGAGGAGAAUCCAAAGGCGAAGAAGGGAAGGACGAAAAGGCGAAGACGGACGAAGAAAAGAAAGAAGGGGAUGGCGGUAAAGGGGAAGGCGAAGCAGCGGAAAAUGGCGGUGGGGAGGAAGAGGGUAAAGUUGUGGAGGUGAGAAAGAUAGAGAAUCCUUAUUACUACUACUAUUACCAACCACCGCGUGUGGCAGUUCCGCCUAUGGAAAUGCCGCCACACGCUUAUCCGCCUCAAUUAUUCAGUGACGAGAAUCCAAAUGCAUGUACCGUAAUGUAACAAAGAAAAACGCAAACGCUAUAAUGGGUAUAAUGGGAAAUAUUCUGAACAAUUUUGAUGAAGUGGGUA